UUACUUUUGCUGUCCAGCUCGGCUGUGCUGUACAUCUCUGACCUGUAGGUGGCAGUCACACCCUUGCAGAGAUGCCGCCGCGUUGGGGGACGACACCGAUUUUGGGCAACCAAAGCAUCAUUACUCGGAUGUCACAUCCCUCACGUGUCAUUUCCGUUUGUGCCUUUCGUGUCUUUUGUUGUGUUGCUCCACCAACGAGGAGAAAAGCAACGCUUGUGCUUGACGUCCUUCGCUUCCACUUUGUCGUGUGCGCGCAGUUGGCGCGCGGAGGAGCGUCGACCGCCUCCGCGCUCGCAGCAGGCAUUAGUCAAAAGAACAACAACAACAAUAACAACAACAACAACUGUUCUGCCUCACUCGGUGCCAGUGACAAUCAAGUCAGAGAUUGUUCAAGGAAGAAAAACUUUUUUUUUUUUUCCCCCUCUGUUGAUGGGAGGAAAAAGUGCUCGCACAACAAAGAUGCUUGAUAACAAUAUCCAAUCUAAAUGGAUUAAACACAACAAAAAAAAAAAAAAAAAUGCGGAAAGUGUCCACGAUCACGUCCGCGUGGGCUGUCUUGAGUGUUGCCAGGAAUAACCAAAUAUGGCCAAGAGGAAGGAACGCUGGAUCCGUGACGUCAUAGCUAUGUAGGUAAAGCGAGUUCGUGCAAAAAAAAAAAAAAAAGGGGCAACGGAAGCAUUUACGCACAGCAGCGCGCCGGCUCGGUUGGAAGAAUUUAGAAUUCCGCGCACUUUUACGCACACGCAGCUCGGUCCGAAGCUCACCGGUUGGCCGCUGAGCACGUCAGACUAGGCGGGGACGAGGUGGAUUGCAUUUGAACGCGUAAGGAGAUCGCAGCACUUUUACGCGCAGCUCGCUGCCGAAAUACCCCUUCUAGCGCCAGAAUAACCUCGAUAGAAUCGCGAGGAGAUCCCUUUUACGCGCAGCUGCGAUUCGGCGCUGCGCGCUGCGAUUCGGGAUGCGCGCCGCUCGGCCGGCCCACUGAUCGACGGCGACGAUGGAGAACUCGAGCGAGCCGAGCCUGGGCGCGUGGAGCGACACCAGCGUGCAGUACAAAGUGAUCAGCACGGCGCUGCUGCUGCUGAUCUGCGCGGCGGGCCUGCUGGGCAACGCCAUGGUGGUCGCGGUGGUGCUGAGCGCCAAGCACAUGCGCACGCCCACCAACUGCUACCUGGUGAGCCUGGCCGCCGCCGACCUGAUGGUGCUGGCGGCGGCCGGCUUGCCCGCGGCGGCCGAGGGCGCCUUGGGCUCCUGGGUGUUCGGCCACUCGGGCUGCCUGUGCAUCACCUACCUGCAGUACCUGGGCAUCAACGCGUCGUCGUGCUCCGUCGCCGCCUUCACCGUCGAGCGCUACAUCGCCAUCUGCCACCCCAUCAAGGCGCAGUUCCUGUGCACGCUGUCCCGCGCCAAGAAGAUCAUCGCGCUGGUCUGGGCGCUGACCUCCGCCUACUGCGUCGUGUGGUUCUACCUGGCCGACCUGCAGGUGCUGGUCUACGACAACGCCACGGUGACGGCGUGCGGCUACCGCGUGCCCAGGAAGUUCUACCUGCCCGUGUACUUCUUCGACUUCGGGGCGUUCUUCGUGGUGCCGCUGCUGCUGAGCGCGGUGCUGUACGGCCUCAUCGGUCGCAUCCUCUUCCUCAACCCGCUGCCCUCUGACCCCAAGGAGCAGCGGCGGCGGCACGACGACGACGACGAGGGCGAGAAGAGCUGCAGGAACUCGCGACACUGCAGCUCCAGCUCCACCGCAGCCUCGCGCAGACAGGUGACCAAGAUGCUCGCGGUGGUGGUGGCCCUGUUCGCCGCGCUGUGGAUGCCGUACCGCACCCUGGUGGUGGUCAACUCCUUCCUGGACCGUCCGUACCUGAACGUCUGGUUCCUGCUCUUCUGCCGGGUGUGCGUGUACCUGAACAGCGCGGUCAACCCGCUCAUCUACAACGCCAUGUCGCAGAAGUUCCGCGCCGCCUUCCUCAAGAUCUGCCGCUGCGGCCGCAGGGGGUCCGACAAGCCGGCCGGCGCUUACGACGCGGCGCUGACCUACAGCGCCGUCAAGGAGUCGUCGGCGGCCGAGAGCGCCGACCGCUUCGCCGCCGACACGGAGGAGAUCACGGUCACCGACGAGCUGCUUUCGGAGCACGAGGCCGCCUUCGCCGGAUCCUCAUUGUCUCCCUCCUACGGGAAAGUGGACUUCAAGAUGGAGGAUUGACAAGGCGGCCAUCAGGAGGAUCUCCGUGGAGUCCAUCGAGGCAACCCGAGAUCAGAGUUUCCAAACCUUUAUGGAGCCAAGGCACAUGUUUCACUUUUGCCGCCCAUGUAACGUGGGUUCCUGAUUGUGGUCGUGCUAGAUGUAUGGCGUUGAUGCUUUGCUGAUUAUUCUUUGUGUGCGUUGUUACAGACCGCCCGCAGGAAACAACGCGACUGUGUCUCUAGCUUUUCCCGCCCGAUAAAACUGAACAGUUUGAUUAUGAAGACAACAAAACGGAAUCAGCAGAUGAUGUUUUGCGCUGUACAGAAACGUCAUCCAAUUUGCCUUUUUCCGAAAUGACUUUCUUCCAGCUUCUGAUUGGCUAAGAGGGCCUUCCAACUAGCUUGUUGCUCUAGGAAACAAACAUUUCCUUUCGUGGAGCCAGACUUGAGAAGACCGGCGACUGUCGUCUCCUAGCAACCGCAUCCCCGAUUGACGGGAUGCUAAUUGAAGCGGUGAAGCGUGUAUAAAGACGCCGUUUGCUGUUAUUUGUUGACACGUGAGCGUCCUCGCCGCUGACAUGUUUGUUGUUUUUUUUUUUUUCUCUCUCUUUCUUUUUCCCUGAGCUGCGAAAGACUUCUUUCGUGCGCCGGCCGUUCCGUCGUUAUUUCUAAUGAAACUGCGGAUUACAAUUGGCUGACAGCGGUUUCGUGUUAUCGUUUCCCGUGUGUGUGUGUGAAGUCUGUGAACGCAAGCUUGUGGCUUUAAUGUGUGAGACUUGCUUUUUUUUGUUGAAGAAGUAUUUUUAUAUUGAUUAUUGGUCUUGACGGAGACGUGGAUGUCGUGACGUUGCGAGUCAUAUUUGAGAUGCUGCUGCUGCUGCUGCUGUGCUGUGUUGCUAAUAAAGAUGUUUGUGCAAGUGGGAUUGAUGCUUAUUAUUAUUUGGA